AUGCAACGGAGACAGGACCACGAUGGCGAGUAUGAAGUAUUGGAGGAGAUCGGUCGUGGGUCAUUUGGGUCGGUGCGAAAGGUAGUGCAUUUACCGACCAAGACAUUGAUGGUCCGGAAGGAGAUCAAAUAUGGUCACAUGAACCAAAAGGAGAGACAACAACUGAUAGCAGAGUGUCGUAUCUUAUCACAAUUAAAUCAUGAGAACAUAGUGAAAUUCCACUCGUGGGAUUUUGAUGAACAAGGACAAGUAUUGUACCUAUACAUGGAAUAUUGCUCGAAAGGGGAUUUACAAAAAUUAAUUGUUCAUUAUAAAGAAGAACAUAAAUAUAUGCCCGAGCAAACGAUUUGGGCGAUUUUAGCACAACUAUUGAUGGCGUUGUAUCGUUGUCACUAUGGUGAAGAUCCUGCUCAAUUGGUCACUAUCUAUGAUAGGAUGCGUCCACCUAGUAGUCACCCUCGUAAUGUCGUGAUACACAGAGAUCUAAAACCAGGGAAUGUGUUCUUGACUAGUAGUGGGAGUAGUGGCUCUGUAGGAACAAUAAAACUGGGUGAUUUUGGACUGGCUAAGGCCCUGGGAAAUUCUACUCAGUUUGCUACCACAUACGUAGGGACACCAUACUACAUGUCUCCUGAAGUAUUAAUGGACCAACCAUAUUCUCCACUCAGUGAUGUGUGGUCUCUAGGCUGUAUUGUAUAUGAGAUGUGUACUUUACGCCCACCAUUUCAAGCUAAGAAUUACGUUGAGUUGCAAAAUAAGAUCAAAAUGGGUAAAGUUGACAGCGAGUUACCUGAUUACUAUUCCGCAGGUCUAGCCAGUAUUGUCAAGAGUAUGAUUAGAACUGAUUUAACUGAGAGAGCAUCUACCUUCGAGUUGUUACAGGAUAUUCAGGUACGUACCUCACGUAAAGCUUUGCAAUUAGAGAAGUUUGAGCGUAAUUUACUGGAUUACGAGCAAGAACUGCGAAACAUUGAAAAAAUUCUGGAGAAGCAAGCCCUUGAGCUUGAUCAACAGACAACUAAUCGUAAAGGUGUGCCACCACCCUCACAGACAUACCGCUGGCAUACCCAUUAUAAGUAA